AUGAAUUCUAAAAUAUUGAUUGCUUUCGCAAUUCUAGUGAUUAUCUCAACAGUUUUAGGAGCUGCAAUAAACAAAUAUAGUCAUAAAAAGAAACAUCACGGUAGAUCUUCCUUAAAAAGAAUUAUUGGUGGUACAGAAGUCGACAUAUCAGAUUAUAAAUAUUACGUUGGUGUUAUAAACGCUAAGAGUGUAUUUUGUGGCGGAGCUUUGGUGACGGUGAACAGAGUUCUUACAGCUGCUCAUUGUGCAGCUGGGAAAGGGACUCAACCAUUAAAAGUGUUUCCCGGAACGCAAAGUUUUAGAGAAAUGGCCUUGAUUAGGCACCUUAUUAUAAUAUUAGCGAUAUGA